UCCCCAUCUCUCUGUGGACUGAGAAAUGGAUCUUGGCUGGUUCCUCCCCGUCCAAGCAUGCAGCUGAAGCCGGAUCCCUUCCCAUCCACCCACAGCAGACCACUCCAAUAAAAGCAUCCCGGUUAGGCAGAUCCAGCCAGAAGGCUCCUCUGCAGCUGAAUCCUGCUCACCGGCCCCAGCAGGACCUUCCUCCAUCUCACCAUGGCAAAGGCAACUGGGCUUGUCUGUGCGCUUCUCCUGCUGGCUUCGUUCUGCUGCCAGAGCCUGGCUCAGAAGGCCCCUGGUGCACCGGAAAAGUGCUGCUUCACGUUCCAGAGAAGCAGGAUCAAGAAAGGCAACAUCGUUGGCUGUUUUCUCACCAACCCCAAGUGCUCCUACCCAGCUGUGGUAUUCAAGACUCGAAUGGGCAAAGAGAUCUGUGCCAACCCUGACAAGCGGUGGGUGAAGAAAUACCAGGAGUUCUUCCAGCUGAAUUCCCUGUCUGUCCCCAGCUAGACAAGUCAUGAGGGGAGAAUCCUGGAAACCAGCCCCCAGCUCUGUAACCCACACACACAGCUGCAAACAUCUCUUGCUAGCUUGACUUUUAAGCCUUUAACAGAAACCUGCUUCUUUUGUCCUUCCCGGGUGCAGGAUCUGAAACUCCAGGGGAGUCGCUUCCGGCUCUUUGACUCAGCCCGUCUCAGGGGAGGGCUGUGGACACAGAAAGUGGCACCUGAUGUUGCUGACAGUUCUGCUGGGAUGCAGCAUCUCCAGCUGGAUUUAACAGCCCCCCGAGUGCACCUCUUCCCACAAGGUCCCCAUGGAGUGUGUGUCUGUACCAUGGCGGGGUCACCUCCUUGGGGGUGCUUUGCAAAACCAUCUAAGGGAGCAGAUGUUCUGUUCUCAUGGAAAACAGGGUGCCCAGAUACCUCAGCAGUUUUAAAAUUCCCAGCCCUACCCUGCAGGCCCAGAUUAUAGCCUGGUUAGACCGGGCCGUCGUCCUCCCCAUGGCCCAGCAGGAGAGUUCCUUCCAGGGACCUGGGACAACCUCCCGGCCUCCUCGGUAGCCACCAGCACAGGAAGGGCCUGUCCCCAUAGGACAGUGAUGCAGGCAGGAGUUCAGGAGCCCAAAGACACAUGUCUGUCAAGGCUGGCACAAGGGACAAACUCCCCUGAGCUCCGCCAGAGCCAUGUCCUGGCACACUUGUCCUUCCCCACUGGGGAUGAGCUGCCCCCUUUGAGGGUCUUCUCCAGAGCUAUGUCCCACCUAGUCUGCAAAGCCCCAUAGGCAACCCUGCCCCAGCCCAGUACACACCCCUGAGCAGUGAUGCAGACAGUUGCCUCACGCUAUGCAGAGUCAGUGAAACACUUUUCCACCAAGCCAGUGAGGGAGACACCCAGCCAGACACUGUUGGCUAAACAACGCUUCCUGAGCAGAUCCCACAUCCCCCUGACUUUUUAUUAUCGUUCCGGGUUAAGAAAUGUCAAACACCAUGCUUCAAGCUUCAUAUGUACCUGCGUGUAAGCAUAUGGGUGCAUACGUGGGCAUUUGAUUCUG